UGAAGUUGCAGAGUUUGCUCCUGGCUAUGGCGAUUUCCGCUACACUAUCAUUCACUUCGAUCAUUGUGCCACUAUCUCCAUCGUUUCUUCUUCAAUCUUUCCCUUUAAAGCUUCUCCCCUUAGAUUCUCCAACCUUCUCUACACAGUCUCGAGCUCGCAAGGUUUAUGAAGAAUCCUAUCAGCUAAGAAUAUUUUAUUUGUCUCGUCUUCGGUGUCAGUUGUCUAGGAGACAUUCCUUCUAUAGUGACGACGAAGAUGGAGAAUGUAGCUUCGAUGAAGCAGUUUUUCUAUUUAAUAGCAGUGAUUACCACAGAUGUCAUGACUUCCUCGAAACUUUAUGGAACAAAGCGGAAGAGCCCAGAAGAACCCUACUCCAUGGCAUUCUGCAAUGCGCCGUUGGAUUUCAUCACCUAUUUAAUCGGAAUCAUCGAGGAGCGAUGAUGGAGCUGGGAGAAGGGUUAUGCAAGCUCCGAAAGAUGAAUUUUGAGAGUGGACCUUUCCAUCAAUUUGAACAAGAGAUUGCUGCGGUUCUGGAUUUUAUUUACCAGACACAGAUAGAGUUAGCUGCUUGUUCAGAAGAUUUUUGCCUCACAAUGGAUGGUUCUGAGCGAUCGUACCAACUCCUUGGUGGCUUUGCUUCUGGUAAGCAUUUAUACCAUUUAGAGAAUGACCAUAAUGAUGUUCUUUUUAUAAUAUUCUUUCUUGAGGAGUCUUACAUAAACGGAGAAGCUGUGAAGGUCAAGUUUCCCACCCUUCAUGCCACAGAAGAGCAUCUCAUGGCGUGUACAUAUUGAUUCAUGGUCAUCUUCUUUAUUCCUUUAAUAUAAGUUUUCCUCUUCCCUGUACUGGUUAGUAUCUAAUGGUUUAGCUUGUAAUAUAUAUUCGUUUAUGUAUUAUAGAAAUAUAAUUGGUGUUCUUUUCUUUGAAAA